AUGGAUAUAACUAAAGAGCAUCCUAUGUAUGUCAAUGCACAAGGUGCACUUGGGACUGAUUUUGCAAUCAUGGGAAGGACACUGAAUGCCCCAGGAUCUUCUGUUUUCCUCUCAAUCACUGGACCUGAUUGUGGUUGCAUUGUAGCAGUUUGUGUGGCAUAUUCUGCAAUUUGGUUUACUUCAUUGUUUGAAACCUUUGCUAUUGGUCACUGGUCAGAAGAGAAUUUGAGUGUUAACAAGAAAUAG